GGCCGGGCCUUUUUCCGGCUGUGUUGGGAGCCACGGGGACCGGCUGAGGACCAGGCCGGGCUGUGCAGAGGGACGAGCGGGCCUCGGGAUCCCGUGAGUGGGAUUGCGAGAGAGCUGCGGGACGGAGAGGGACGAGGAGAGGAAGCGGGGUCCCCCGUCCCUACCACCUGGGGUGGCGUGCUCCGUGAGCACGGAGCCUGUCCACAGGAAAGCCCCGCAGGAAAGCCCCGCACUCGGGAUGCACGGCUGCAGGCUUAGGAGAUGCCUGGGACUAGAAGGCCACCCUCUCAGAGCAAAAGGAAACGGAGGUGACAGACGUCGAGACCACUGAAGGGAACCCAUGGCUAGGAUCAGUUUUUCCUACCUCUGUCCAGCCUCCUGGUACUUCACUGUGCCCACAGUGAGCCCGUUUCUCCGUCAGCGGGUGGCAUUCCUGGGACUUUUCUUUAUACCCUGUCUCCUUUUGCUUCUUUUAAUCAUGGAUUUACGACAUUGGGCCACUUCGUUACCACGAGACAGGCAGUAUGAGAGGUAUUUGGCUCGGGUAGGAGACCUCGAAGCCACCAACACGGAAGACCCGAAUCUGAAUUAUGGACUCGUGGUGGACUGUGGUAGCAGCGGCUCCCGGAUUUUCGUUUACUUCUGGCCAAGGCAUAAUGGGAACCCCCAUGACUUGCUGGACAUCAAACAGAUGAGAGACCGCAACAGCCAGCCUGUGGUUAAGAAAAUAAAGCCAGGGAUCUCCGCAAUGGCAGACACUCCGGAACAUGCUAGCGAUUACCUUCGGCCUCUGCUGAGCUUCGCUGCUGCUCACGUGCCCGUGAAGAAGCACAGGGAGACGCCCCUUUACAUCCUCUGCACAGCGGGCAUGAGGCUGCUCCCUGAGAGGCAACAGUUGGCUAUCUUGGCAGAUUUAGUGAAAGACUUGCCGUUGGAGUUUGACUUCCUCUUUUCACAGUCUCAGGCUGAAGUGAUCUCUGGGAAACAGGAAGGAGUUUAUGCGUGGAUUGGAAUCAACUUUGUUCUGGGAAGAUUUGACCAUGAAGAUGAGUCAGACGCGGACACGUCUGUGGACCCAGCAGCAGGCCGCAGGAGGACAGUGGGGAUCCUGGACAUGGGAGGAGCCUCUCUUCAAAUUGCCUACGAAGUUCCUACCUCAACCUCCGUCCUUCCUCCCAAACAGGAAGAAGCUGCUAAGAUCCUGCUGGCUGAGUUCAACCUGGGCUGUGAUGUGCAGCACACGGAGCACGUGUACAGGGUCUACGUCACUACCUUCCUGGGUUUUGGGGGCAACUUUGCCCGGCAGCGCUAUGAAGAUCUUGUGCUGAAUGAAACGCUUAACAAAAACAGACUGCUGGGCCAGAAGACAGGCUUGAGUCCUGACAACCCCUUUCUGGACCCCUGCCUGCCUGUGGGGCUCACAGAUGUGGUGGAGAGGAACAGCCAGGUCCUUCACGUCCGAGGAAAGGGAGACUGGGCCAGUUGUCGGACAAUGCUGAGCCCCCUGCUGGCCCGCUCCAACACCAGCCAGGCCUCCCUGAAUGGUAUUUACCAGUCCCCCAUCGACUUCAACAACAGCGAGUUCUAUGGCUUCUCGGAGUUCUUCUACUGUACCGAGGAUGUGCUGCGCAUCGGUGGCCGCUACCAUGGGCCAACAUUUGCCAAGGCUGCUCAGGACUACUGUGGCAUGGCGUGGCCCGUGCUAGCCCAGAGGUUCAAGAACGGGCUCUUUUCUUCACACGCAGAUGAGCAUCGACUCAAGUAUCAGUGUUUUAAGUCAGCUUGGAUGUACGAAGUCCUGCACGAGGGGUUCCACUUCCCCUACGACUACCCAAACCUGCAGACAGCGCAGCUGGUGUACGACCGAGAGGUGCAAUGGACGCUGGGAGCAAUUCUGUAUAAAACCCGAUUCCUGCCUCUCAGGGACCUUCGGCAGGGAGGAGUCCGGCCAGCCCACGGCAGCUGGUUCCGCCUUUCUUUUGUCUACAACCACUAUCUCUUCUUUGCGUGUACCCUGGUGGUGCUUCUGGCCAUCGUCCUGUACCUUCUGCGCAUCCACAGAAUUCACCGCAGACAAACCCGAGCCUCGGCUCCUUUGGACCUGCUGUGGAUCGAGCAAGUGGUACCGAUGAUUGGGGUACAGGUGGGGCCGUGAGGCUGGACUGGAAGUGGAGAAUGUCCGGUUCCUUCGGAUUGCUGCUGCUGCUGCUUACUGAAUUCCUCCACUUUCUCGAACUGGCCUCCGAUGCUGCUUUGGCCUGCGAAUUUCUACUUUUUCACUUUGAUUUCUUUUUGGUGCCCAGGACGGGACCUCCUCUCAGAGUCGCAAUUUAACUUCAAGGAACUAAAUGUCGAGAGGCUGGUGCUAAGCUUAGCCCAAAUGAAGCAUGCUUCUCUUUUAUCUCAGAAAUUUGAUCCAUUUCUGGGAUGUAGCAUUUCCCCCCCUUGCUGAAGCAAGUUUUUGAUAGGGCAACCGGAGGCGUGGAUGAAAUCAGCUUGGAUUGACUGCUACAAAGCCAGAGACAUUCCAGCAAGUGCAGUUGCCCGUUUUCUCUGUAACAGAGAGAUCCUUAUGUGGAGAUCCACAGCCUUGAAUAGGGACCUAAGAUCUCUGAGGUUCAGUGGACCAGAUUUCAAGGCAACCAAAAUGAUACAACUUCCUUGCUUACUUGACAAGCCAUUGUGGGUGUGCUCAGAGAUCCCAGCAGUGUUUCUGAUUUUGUUAUAUAGAUCUGAGAGGUUAGAGCGCCUUUGAAAUGAAUGACUUAUUGAAGAUCUGACAGUAUUUUAUCUGAUACUUGGUCUGACCAGUAUAGAAAACAUUUCCAUGUCUAUGUGCCUCACAGGCUGCUUGGGCAUUAAUAUUGCUUUUUGAGCCUUAAGUGUGCUUAUAGAUUGGAGAAACCAUGAUGGGAAGGGGACCUAGGUUUGCCUAUUUUGGUUGCUGUCUCACAGGCAUCUAGCGUGCAGAAGAUUCAGAGUGACUUCCCUCAUUUCACUGCUAAGAUCUUAUGUAUAUUUUGGGAAGGAAUGCACUUGUUUUGUUUAUAAGUUAUGGUUUUUUUUUUUUAAGAAAGAAUAGCAUCAGGAGAGUGGGCAAAGGCAAUAAAAUCCAAGGUUUUGAUUUUUGUUUUUGUUUUCCUGUUUUGUUUUGUUUUGAGACAGGGUCUCGGUAGCUCUGGCUGUCCUGGUGGAAUUUGCUCUAUAGACCAGACUGGCCUCGAACUCACACUCACAGAGACCUGCACCUUCUUCCCGAGCACUGGG